AGUAGUGAAGAAUGGAGACGAAAAUAUGAACAAGCUGCUUAUCCUAGACAUAAUCCAGUAGAAGAUGACCUCAGAAGAAGAAUUGAUACACUGAAUCAGCAAGUAGAAGAUUUAAGAAGAGAGAGAGGUGCCCUUCAGAUGAAAGUGAGACAGGUUGAAGAGGAGAUGGAUACUAAGGGAUUAAGAUAUGAUGAUUUACAUGAGGCAUAUCAAAGUGAGAGAAGAGAUAAAGAGAAUUUGAAGAAAAGACUUGAUGACAUUGGUCAAGUGUCACAAGUGCAAGUUUUAAACAAUCAUAAUGCAAGACUUCAGAAAGAGGUAAUGGAGUUGAGAGAGUCUAAAGGAAAGAUGAAGUCAGAUUUAGAGGAUUCACAGUAUAAACUUGAAAUUGAAGAGAAAAGAACCAAAGACUAUGGUGCCAAGGUUGAAGAAAUGGCUCACGAAAUAAGGAGUAUGGAACAUCAAAAGAAAAGAACUGAAAUAAAACUUGAAGCUGUGAUGAAUGAAAAGCAAGAGAUUGAAACAAAGUUACACAAUAAAAGAGAAAAUGAAGAAAAGCACCAGCCAGGCCAACAACAAAUUCUUCAUGAUGACCUAGAGAAAGAAAACCAGAGGCUAAAGAAUGUAUUACGAAAGUAUGAAGACCGGCUCAAAUCACCAGGAACAGCUAAAGAUCUUGAAUUACUGACUGCCAAAGUUGAAGAUUUAGAAGAAGAAAAGAAAGCACUGAGGAAUGAUUGUGACAAAUACUGCAAAGAUAAUGAACAGCUACGAAAGCGGAUUGAAUCGUUUUAUACAGGCCAGAUGUCACAGGGACUGUCUUCUGUAGAUGCAAUGCUUCAAGAGAACAUGAAGAGAAUGGAAAGGGACAAAGAGUAUUUGCGAAGACAAUUGGACAAUGCAGAAAGAGAAGCUGAUGAUUUGAGAAAGAAAGCAGAGCAGAAAAAGAGAGAUGAUAGCAAAAUACAAGAAAUGAUCAGGAAGGAGAAAAACUUCAAAACGGAGAGGGAACGAUUGGAACAUGAAAUUGAUGAUCUGAAAUUCACAAAUAAAAAGCUAGAGGAACAAUUAAAACAAGAAAAAUCAAAGAUCAUUGAGACUGAACGUGACUUUGAUAAAAUGAAUCCAAAGCGUAAAAAAGGUGUCUCAUUUUCUAUCUCCAAUGAUGAGCCACAGUCCAUUUUAAAGAAAGGGAGCUAUACUGAUGAAAGGGAAUGGAUUGAUGAUGAGUCAAUUCCUGCAUCCACUCCUACGUAUGAGGAUUUAAUGAAAAUGAAGGAAGACAUGGCAAAAAUUCAGUCUGGUUUAAUGAGUUUAGAAAAAGACAAUCGUAGGAGAGAAAAAGAAAAUUAGAGAAUAGAAGAAUAUUAAAUUUAUCAAUGCUUUAGAUAAUACUGUUGUUGUUUUAAUAAUAA